AUGUCGCCGUUUUCGGAUUUGCGACAGCACUUCAAGGGUGCAUCGACACCCCAGGAGAAACGGCUUGUCUUGAAGUUGGACUUCUUCAUCCUGACCUUCUGCUGCUUGGCCUACUUUAUGAACUAUUUAGACAGAGCCAGUAUUACACAGGCUUACGUAUCUGGAAUGAGGGAGGAUUUGGGAUUCAAAGGUGCCCAGCUCACGGAAGUUACAACACUUUAUGCAACCGCAUACCUUAUCGGCAUUGUCCCAAAUAAUUUGCUCUUGACUUAUUUCAAGCCCAAGAGGUUCUUCCCGUUUAUGAUCACGACAUGGGCGAUUAUCACCAUGCUGAACGCGGUCGCGAAGACCCCUCAACAUAUGAUGGUGAUUCGCUUCUUUCAAGGAUAUUUCGAGUCGUGCAUCUUUGCUGGCACGCAGUACAUCCUCGGAUCAUGGUAUACGAAGAAAGAAUUAGGACAAAGAACUGGCCUUUUCACUGCAAGUGGUUUGGCUGGGGGCAUGUUUGGUGGUUUCCUUCAGACGGCUAUCUACUCCUCCAUGAAUGGCCUCCAUGGAAUGCCGGGAUGGAAGUGGCUGUUCAUCAUUUCCGGAAUUAUCACUCUGCCUGUUGCUAUCUACGGCUAUUUCUUCUUCCCAGACACGCCGAGUACUACAACAGCCUUUUACCUCAGCGAAGAGGAGAUCAAGCUUGCGCAAGAACGAGUUCCUAUUCGCGAGGAGGGAGAGAAGAUUCUGACCUGGUCCUUCAUCUCCCGUAUCCUGCAUUCGUGGUAUUUCUACGGUUUCUGCUUCUUGUGGAUACUCGGCAACACCUCUGAGUCCCAGUCAAACCAGUCCCUCCUCAACCUUUACAUGCAAUCUCACCCCACGGAGCAUUACACUGUAUUUCAACGCAACAAUUACCCGACAGGCGUGCAAGCAGUCGGUGUUGUCAGUACUCUGCUGUGGGCGACUAGUACCGACAUCUGGGGCCGGAGGUGGCUGUCUGGCUACUACGUCGCUUUCACGGCCAUAGCGAACGCUGCUAUCAUCCUGGCGCCUACGUCAACUACAGCCAAGUUUGGGGCGUACUACUGGGCGGGGUCCAUUUACUGCAUUCAAGCGACAUUCUUUGCGUGGGCCAAUGACUCCAUGCGAAAUGAGUCCCCUGCUCUUAGGGCUUGCGUGAUUGCCUGCAUGAACGCGGCGGGUAACUGUUUUCAGGCCUGGUGGCCGCUCAUCUUCUUCCGAGCAGAUGAUGCACCCGAAUUUAGGAAAGGAAUGAUUGCGAUGAUUGUCGUUGGCACUGCAAUGAUGAUUUGGGUCACCGUUCUCAUUUUCAUGGAUAGACGGCUUUCCAAGAAGCAGAUUCAGGUUAUUGAGGCUGUUGACGCCGACAGCCAUGCAGAGGCAGGGCUUAGCGCGGUUAAGAAUGUUGACAGCAGAGAUAAGGGCUCGACGGACAAGUAA